AGCAACAGUCGUUCGCUCACAAUGUUGACAAAAGCCCCGACGAUCCUUCAGAGUUUGUUGAUUGAUCAUUAGCAUUGGAACCUGCCGUCAACCGUAACAAGCUGUAGCUGGCCAGAGAGACUGACUCGACUCUGCCAUUGAAACCAAACAGUAUGUCCUUGAUGCGUCCUAAGAAGAAAUCUCGAUAUGACCCACCCUCAAAAAAUGACGGCAAUGACAAUCUCCUCACGGAAGACUCUCGCCGUCGCAUUCUUUCCUUCCUGAAGCCCAAGGAACUGCUCACAGUUGCUUCAGUGAGCAAGACAUGGAAGGGAUCAGCAAAUACGGUGGCUGAACAACACCUGGAUGAAACCAAAGUCAACCAUUUGGUUAGCAAUGACUGGAAAGAACGCCUACAAGCACAUUUCACAAACAACAAUAAAACCCCCUCCUCCAUUCCUGCUCGGUGUCUUUGGAUGGCAGCACAAGUCUUGCCUCUCAACAAGUUUGAAUUCGAAGUGGAUCUCACAAAUGUUUGUGCUCCUUUGGAUCUCCAAGCAGUGGGUGUGCCACUAGCUGGUGGAGGUUCUGCGUUUGCUUUCCUGACGCGGGAUCUGUCCAUAAUUGUUUUGGAUACGAAAACUGGCAAGUGGACAUUUGUAAAUGCCAUCACUGGAGAUUCUAGUCCAAUCCAUGACAUGCCAAAUGAAGGAGAGGAUGAAUGCCCACUUGGCUUUCUACAGAUUUGUGGUGAAUACUUGGUGGCGCUAUUCUUUCCCGAUAGCAAGUAUUCCGUUAGUGUUUGGCGAAUUGGCAGCAACCUGGAUUUCUUACACCACAUCAAAAUUCCUGCACAGCCUCAACUAAAACGCUAUCCUGUUGAAGUUGUGGUAAAAGAAGGAAUGCUGAUUUUUGAGUACCAAUGCCGCUGGAGAAAUGGGAUGUCCCUCCAGUGCCCUCCUGGGAACGUUCGAGACGAUCACCGGCUCAGCCAAAGCGUCAUGGAUCAGUUUCCUAUGGAAAAAUGUGAAUCCUUUUCGAAGAUCCUCCGGGCUGACGUAUAUGAUUUGGAGACUGGGAAAGCUGUAUUGGACUCUAUAGGCACCCUGUCCCAACCAUCCUUCAAGAAAGUCUCUUACUCUGCUGGUAGCCUCCAUUCCAGUCAAAGCUACCAUUGGAUUUCGGAGGGCCGUUGGAUUCCAGACAAAGACAGCGUCGCUGAUGUACCAAAGAUUUACGAAGUCAAUCGAUAUGUUGCUGCACAGCAGCCACUGCUAGUCCGAACACUGUUGCCCAGUGCAAGUGUCAAAGGAGUUUACUCAAGCAAGAACGAAGUCUUUGCCUAUCAUUGUGUUGAGAGAGCUCAUGAUGGUCCUUGGUGGGAGCACGGGCAGAUCGAAGCCUUUCUCCUGCCUUAGUUUUGGUGCCCUACCGGAACUCGUGUGCAUGGCAACACAAAUAAAAAUGACAUUCAAGUCACGAAUUGCUCGCUUCAUGCCUCCAGCUUCAGCAAGACUCGUUGCAAGAGAACAUCACUGACGACCAGACAAGAUACCUACAGGUACCAGUACGAUAUUUGUGCAAUUGGUCCAGUAGAGCUUCAUUAUUUGAUCCAUUUGGAGCCAGUUGUAUAACGAAAGACUCUGCCACGAACCAAGCAAUAUGUCCUUGAUGCGCCCUCUGAAGACGCCUAAAUUUCAUUUCAUCACGAGCAAAUGGUUUGAAUCUGAUUGAUGGAUUCUGGAUGAUAGAUGCAUCUUAUGCGUGUUUACAAAUGCUCUUGCAGCGGCGUAGAUAGAUAGAUAACGUCUAUGUGCAAAAAUAGUAAUAAAAAUCCAUGCAUGUAGUAG